AUGCGAUACCACACUUGCUUGACAGUAGCAUCCAGCACAUUAAUCAUCUCCGGUCUCCUGGUCCUCGCCGGGCCGCUCCAACCGCGAAAUCUGCCGGCUCCCCCGCCAGCACCGCCAGAGGACCAAUGUCCAAAGGAUAUUCCAUUGACUCCAGAAACAUGGAAAAAAUUCGAAAUGGACGAAUUCAUUGCCGGUAUGGAAGGGGCAGACAAAAUGACAUACAUAGACUUUGCCCGGAAAGACAGUGCUCAUAAUGAUAAUAUUCCAUUCCAGCUUUGCAACCCUGUGGCGGGUAAAAAUUGGUUGGUUCUUGUUGCCAUUCAGCAUUGGAACACAUACCUGAACGUCCUCUACCAAGGCGUUGCCAAUGCGGUUACGAUCGUGAGAGAUGCCUCGGCGGAAAUGAUCACAGAUUUCAUUCCCGACACGGUCAUGGACAAAAGCAUUUACGGAUGGGCAAUCGCGACACUCGUGAUUGGAGUCUUGGGUGGUUUCAGUGGAGCCCUGACACCCCUGCUCAUCACCAAGCCCGUCGCUCAAGCCGCCGGGGAAUAUGGGACCGCGACCAGCAUAGGAUCCGCGGCAGCGUCAAACUUCCAAAAAACACAAGAAAUGCAAAUCGCCGGGGACGUCGUCGGCGUCUAUCGUGCGAGAAGCGCGCACGAUGCCGCUAUCGUCAGCAAAGCGUUCGAAGAGGCUGCCAAGAAAGCCAAACCUCUUCCCCCCAUGAAACAAACCACCAGUUCAAAGAGCUUGGCUAUUUCCAGCGCCCCAAAGACAACCGCCGCGGACCAUAAGAAAAGGUCCAUCAUGGAUGAAAAUCAUGCUAAUAGCGUCAAUAAAUCGCCUAUUCUUUACAACAUAAGACCCUCGACCUAUCCUAGCCAACCAAAGACACUACAAAAAAGAGGCGGACCACCACCUAGUGCCUAUGCAUAUCAACGAUGGGCAGAGAUCGACACCCAUCUCGCCGCCCUCCAAAACCGGCUCCAGAAAGAUAUCGCAGCAGUAUCACAUGCGGGACUCACUGAACCGAUCUAUAAUAAUAACGGAUUGGCUAAGAAUCUCUUGGGCGGUAGUAUGUUCGAAAAGUUCCCGACCCAAAUCGACGAAGAAGAAAAAAAUAAGGCGUUCGCUAAAAUUACUGCACUCAAUGAAAUCUUUAAGGCUCAGAACAUGUUUAUCACCCUUGGAUGUGAUGGGUGCGGAGAUGUUGGACCAGGAGGGGCGUGGCCGCAAGAUAAAUUCUUAUCAUACUGUACUCCUGAUGGCUCCAUGAGAAAUAUUAUCAGAGCCGAAGGUAUCCAUGCUCGCAAUGAGGUCAGAAAUGCGCAGUUGCUACAGAGUAAGUAUGGCUUCACCACCGAGUAUUUGACUACCAGAGCCAUCAAUUGUCAAAAUAAGUAUGGGUUUUAUACGCUAGGAAAGGCUCCGGAACCCACGAACGUUGAUUCUGACUGUGCGUUCUCGAUCCCGGUCUGCGAUUGUUCGAUCCAUGUCGUUCACAAAAAGAGAAAGAAAGGUAAAGGUACCGUCAGAGCUUGUAGAGCUGCUGGUGUACCCAUAUAA